AACGCGUAAAACUCAGCUGCUGACGCACCUGGUGACGUCAUAGCCGGCGCAGACGCAUCACAUUUUGCAGCAUCGACCACAAUCAGGACCAGUGGUCUGGAAAUGUCACUCAGCCAGAUGGUGUAGUAUCGCAGCCAAGAUGGGAGUCUACUUGGUGGGUCUAGCGGGUAUCCUUGUCUUCUACCUCCUUGUGUUGGUAGUUGGUAUCUGGGCAUCCACCAAGCAGAAGAACCAUGGCGAGGAAGAGAUCAUGUUGGCUGGAAGGAGUCUUGGACUUGUUGUUGGAGUCCUUACUCUUAUAGCCACAUGGGUUGGGGGAGGUUACAUCAACGGAACAGCUGAAGUAAUCUUCUCCCGAGGACUCGCCUGGUGUCAGGUUCCCAUUGGAUACAGCCUCAGUCUUAUUUUUGGAGGGUUACUUUUUGUCAAACCCAUGAGGGAGGCGAACUACGUCACGAUGUUGGACCCUUUCCAGCUCAAGUACGGCAACAGGGUCGGAGGCUUGUUGUUUCUUCCGGCUCUGUGUGGAGAUCUCUUCUGGUGUGCUGCUGUACUCAGCUCUCUGGGCACCUCCCUGAUGGUGAUCAUGGACCUGGACAUGACAGUCAGUAUAGUGACCAGUGCGACGUUCGCUGCAGCAUACACAGUGGUGGGGGGGAUGUACAGUGUGUCCUACACAGAUGUGCUGCAAUUGGGGUGUAUAACACUUGGGCUGGUAGUGUCAGCGCCCUUUGCCUAUUACCACCCGCAAGUCAGCCAUCAAGCCAUGGUCAACUCCUCGUGGCUGGGACAUGUGGAGAAGAAUGACAUUGGAAUCUGGCUGGACGGACUUCUACUGCUCAUCUUCGGGGGAAUACCGUGGCAGGGCUACUUCCAGAGAGUGCUAGCAAUACGAACAACAAAAAUGGCUCAACAAACAGCUUUCUGGUCAAUGGUGGGAUGUCUACUCAUGGGUAUACCAGCCUUACUGUUUGGAGUCAUUGCCUUAGGAACUGAUUGGACACACGUUGAAGGGUUCAACAGAAACAUGACAUUGAACGAUGCCAAUGUCAUUUUGCCAAGAGUUUUGCGACACCUUACUCCACAUUGGGUGUCAUUCUUCGGGCUGGGCUCAGUUUCAGCCGCAGUCAUGUCUUCAGCCGACUCAAGUAUUCUUGCAUCAGCGGCCAUGUUUACUCGUAACAUCUACAAAUGGACAUUCAGACCAACGGCGUCUGAGAAGGAGGUAAUGUGGAUUAUGAGGCUCGCAACCAUCGUAAUAUCCUACCUCUCCGCAGCGAUCGCCAUCUCUGUUGGCAGUAUUUAUUACUUGUCGUACCUGUGCUCAGACCUGGUGUAUGUCAUUCUGUUUCCCCAGUUACUACUCGUAGUUCACUGGAGUCGAGGAGUCACUACUUACGGCUGUCUCGCCUCUUACGCUGUCGGGCUGACUCUACGAGUCCUUGGUGGGGAGAAAGACAUUGGUCUAGACCCUGUGAUCAGUUAUCCGUACUUUGACAGUGAGACAAACACACAAAGAUUCCCGUUUAGAACGUUAGCAAUGGUGUGUGCAAUAGUUACCCAUGUGGUUGUCAGUGCUGUAACUCGGUGGUUGUUUGAGUCCGGCACGCUAUCAGCCGACCGGUGGGAUAUUUUAAUGGCGUUUCCUGAUUGCCACCUGACGAGGACUGAACAUCGAGAGCAACGAUACAAGGAUCCAAACAAGGGACGGACGAACAAAGCGCUACACGACGCGAUGGUAGGCAAACGUCUCAGCCAAGCCAGCGAGGGUCUACUUAGUGGCAACGAUGACGACAGUUUGUUGAUGAAAAGAGACCGAAGCGAACUGACGAACCAAGCUUCAGUGUCUUCGGAAACUCCUUCUGUCAGUAAAUUUUAAUUGACAACAGUAGAACCUCGCGUUUCAAAUCUAAGAACUGUGUUUGUAUUUUAAUUUGAAGAAGGAGCUUUAAGCCAGUUUUUUAUUGAGGAUAUUAUCCUUGUUUGAAAAAAAGUCUUACAAAAUCCAAUACAAAAACAGCUAAAUCUGAUCUUAAUACACUUACUACCAGUGGUGAUAGACCGCUGGGAGGGAACAAUUUAGUUUAUAGAAUUUUACAAAAUUUGUAUAACCAAUAUAAUCAUUUAAAAAUUAAUCAAAAUAGCAAUGAAGAAUAAAUCCACCCAAUCAUUGAAACGUGAACAAACACGCUAUACCAUUUUCAGCUAAGCCUCCAUGGAACCAAACCGACAGGUCCGCGGUUUGCAUGUGAUGCCCAAUGGGCCCGAGAAAUAGUUACACCCCUCUCCACCAACUUGUGGGCGAAUUUUUCUCUUUCUUGCUCCCCCGACAAACCUAAAAACUCUUACGCCCCUGGGCCCGGGCCCACCAUGCUCAUUUAUUAAAGCGGCUCUGCAAAUCUAUACAAUUUUUCUCAAAAGCUUAAAAUAGAAACUUUAAAAAAAAAAUCAGGUGACAAAGCCUUAGCUCAAAAAGUGGAAACUUGAAUAUGACUUAAAACAUUCAUGAAUAAGUUAGGUACCUACAUUUUUUGUUGGUUACCUUGUGUUCUCAAAGUCCAAAUAUUAAAUAAUGAAUGUGAAU